AUGUUACAAGAAGAAAUUAUUAAAGAAGACUUCCGCCCAGAUGAUCUACGUCAUGCUGACUGGAGCCCCAUCCUAUCGGCCAACGAUAUUGACUCUAAAGUGGCUGCAUUUCAACAAUUACUCCUGAAUGUUUAUGAUAAACAUGCUCCUGUUCAGCAAGUGCGCCUAAAAUACAAUCCUGCUCCUUGGCUAACACCGGAGCUAAAAGCUCUUAUGUGUAGGAGAGACAGAGCUAGGAUGAGGUUGCGUCGCAAUUCCGAUGAUAGUUCUCGUGAAAGUUAUAUUGCUUUGAGGAAUAGGUGCAAUAGGUUGUGUCGUCAAGCUAGGCGUAGGCAUAUCCACACCAAUAUUGAGGGUUGCCCUUCUGGUAAACUAUGGAGUUACUUACGUAAUUUAGGCAUCGGUAAACGUCAUUCCGGAGAUUUUAACUUUACGAAUCUUAAUGAGAUCAACCAAGCUUUUGCCGCUGCCCCUGGGACUUUAAAUCCUAUUAUUAAACAAGCAACUGUAACUUUCCUCGCUGAUUCUCUUCUUAUUAAUGGCGACCCUUUCACGCUUGGGGAAAUAUCGGUCGAUGAGCUUUUAAAAAAUCUAAAUUCAAUCAAUUCUAGGGCCGUUGGUGAUGAUGGUAUCGGACUAGAUAUGAUUGAACCUUACAAGACACUGCUUGCGUCUCUUAUCAAUAACAACAUUAAUAUUGAGAAUUGGGAUCCAUUAAUAAUACAUAUAAUUAGUAAUAAAUUAGACUCGGAGUCUCAAAAAACAUGGGAAGAAGAAUUGCAAACAAUACCUGUUGAAGAAUUACCUACGUUAGAAAAAUUUAAGAAAUAUUUAGAAGGAAGAUUUAGAGUAACAGAAAUGAUUCAAACAUCUUAUAUGAAAGAGAGAACUCAAAUUAAACCAAAAUCGUUUGCUACAAUAACUAGUAAUGCUGUAAAAAGAAAUACAGAGUAUAGAAGUAGAAAUAUAGAAUGUGGAAAGUGUAAAGAGAAUCACGACAUAUUUUCAUGCAAAGAGUUUAUUAAGCUAGAUCCAGUUAUGAGAACAGAGUACAUUAAAAAGGAGAGAUUAUGCUUUAAUUGUUUGCGUCCUGGUCAUAGUGUAAAAUUUUGUAGAUAUAGAAUGAGAUGCGAUAUCUGUAAUAGAAAGCACCACACGUUGAUACAUAUAACUAAACCAAAUUUAGAGACUAUUAAUAAUGAGACUGAAGAGAUUAGAACACCAGAUAAUCAAACAACGAGUCAACACAAUAUUCUUUCACAUGUGUCAAUACGAGGCCGUGUGUCAUUACUUGCUACUGCUUUGGUGAAUUUAGAAACGAGCAGAGGGCCACAGAUUGUACGAGCUUUAAUAGACCCUUGCUCAGAAGAAUCAUUUAUAAGUGAAGCAGUUGUAAAGAGAUUACAAUUGAAAUGUAAAGAUGUAGAAGGUCAGGUAUCAGCAGUUGGACAGAUGUCUACCCCAUUCAAGCACGCGGCGGAGAUUGAGUUGUCCUCUAGAAUGAAUAAAAAUUAUAAAUUAAAGUGUACUGCUUAUUUAAUUAAGCAUGUUACAGAUAUCAUGCCCGCUACAAGAAUAAAUUAUGAGCAUUGGACACAUUUCAGUGGCAUCGAGUUAGCAGAUCCAACUUACCAUACACCUGGAAAUGUAGACCUUUUAUUGGGUGUUCAUGUCUACACAGAUAUUUUGAUGAGUGGAGUUUUAAAGAGAAAUCAAGGAGAACCAAUCGCCCAACAAACUUACUUAGGGUGGAUAAUAUCUGGCGGCGAAGCUGUUGAGAGAUUACCAAAUAAGGGCCAAAUUAUUAGUAUGCAUUUGAGUGUAACGUUAGAUAAUAUGCUACAGAGAUUUUGGGAAUGUGAGUCACUAGAGUCUGAGAAUAAAAAUACACUUACCUCCCAAGAAGCAAGAGCAGAAGAAAUAUAUGAGAAAACAGUCAUGAGAGAUGAACAAGGACGAUAUGUAGUCAGCUUACCAUUUGUGAGAGACAAUCCAAUCUUACCUGAAAAUUCUAGAGAAAUAGCAAUGAGAAGAUUAAGAGGUUUAGAGAGAAGAUUGGCUGGAAAUGAAAACUUAAAACGAGAGUAUGAUAAUGUGUUAAAAGAGUAUAUAACAUUAAACCAUAUGGAAUUAGUAAAAGAUGAGAGAGAGAAAGAUACAGUCUACUUACCGCAUCACGCAGUUUUCAGAGAUGAUAAAACAACAUCGAAAGUGCGUGUCGUAUUUGAUGCUCGUGUCGAGGUACAAACGGAGUUGUUGGCGAUCCUCAGGGAGAGCAGUGGACUGUAUCGAUGGUGGGGUUUGAAAGAAACGGUGCGUCGCGACGCCGCUUAUAUGUGUCGCCUGUCGUCAAUGGAGAACUUUUGA